AAGGCAAGAGAGGGGGCUGGCGGAGAGACGCGGGCGCCAUGUUUGAUGGUGGAGUCUAAGUCGGCAGAGACGGCAGAGACGCCCGCCACGCCUCCCGGCGCUCCAUUCCGCUCCUCUGUCCGACGGGGCGGGCAGGCCGAGGUGCCGACCGGGGCUGGGAGCGGCGAGAGAGCGGCGGGCGGGAGAGGGCCCCGGUCGAGGCGCGCCUCCUCUCGCCGCUGUGGAAGGAGGAGCGGGGUGGCGCUGAUCGAAGAGCGAUGAUGCAUCAUGGCAGUGGUCCACAAAACAUACAGCGGCCACUGCAGAGAUCCAAGUCGUAUACUGGCGCCGAGGGAGAUGAACAGACGGCAUUACCCCAUUCUCCUGCCACGACGUUCGCUCCAACUCUCAGCCCUGUGCCGCACACUGUGGCCAGCCCGUCUGGGCCGCAGUCCCCGAGCUACCAGCUGCAGCAGCUGAUCAUGAACCGGAGCCCUGCAUCUGCCCAGAAUGUCAACAUCACGCUGCAGAGUGUUGGCCAGGUGAUGUCCGGGAAUCAGCAGAUCACGCUGGCCCCUCUCCCCAUUCAAAACCCAGCCUCCCCAGGUUUCCAGUACAGUUCUCAGGCUGUGGGGCAGCAGAGGAGGUUUGAGCAUGGGUCCCCGUCGUAUAUUCAAGUCACCUCUCCCUUGCCUCAAGUACAGCCACAGAGUCCCACUCAGCAUAGCCCUGCGUCAAUGUUACAGAGCGUGCAACGAACUGGGGCCACAGCCACGGGGCUGAGUUUGUGCAACCAGAGCCCCACCCGUGGAUAUGUGGACGCCAACGUGCUGGUCAGACAGCUCAACCUCAGCCCGUCGAGCGGCGGCCACUUUGUAUACCAGGACCCCUCUGGCCUUGCUCAGAUCACCUCGAGCGUUGGCGGGCAGGUACAGCUGACAGCGGCCGCCUCCUCGAUUUCCUUAUCGCGGGAGCGUAGACUGUCGCAGCCACACUCCCAGACUGGUGGGACCAUUCAUCACCUUGGCCCUCAGAGCCCAGUGGCCAGUGGAGCGAUGCAGCCCCUGCCCAGCGCGAGCCACAUCACCACGUCCAACCUCCCUCCACAGAUCAGCAGCAUCAUACAAGGACAGCUGAUCCAGCAGCAGCAGCAGCAGGUUCUUCACGGCCAGCAGAUGGCCAGGCCUAUAAAUUAUGAACGGACACCCAUAUCCUUGACCACCGGAGUGGUGGGACCAUCAGGGUUUGGAAUGACAUCGCCGCCCCCUCCUUCCAGCCCCUCUCGGAAUGCUGCCGCUCAGGGCUUGGCAGCGGCGGGUCUGGCUUCCACCGCCAGUUGCAUCCCGGUCGUCAGGAGACAACCAAAGAAACUGGAGGAAAUCCCAGCCGCCUCUCCGGAGAUCUCUCAGCUGAGAAAGCAGUGUUUGGAGCACCACCUUGAUCAAAUGGAGACUCUGAGGGAGACUUUUAAGGAUUGCCUGGUUGAACUCUUCUUCCUUCAGCACUGUCAGGGAAAUAUGAUGGACUACUUGGCAUUCAGAAGGAAACCCUGUCUGGCCUUGUUGGCGUAUCUGAAGCAGAGUGAUUUGGACCUGGAAGAGGAGGAGGAGGAUGAACAAUCCGAGGUCAUUAAUGAUGAGGUAAAAGUGGUGACAGGAAAGGAUGGCCAGGCAGGGACGCCAGUUGCCAUAGCAACACAGCUCCCCCCUAAUGUUUCUGCUGCAUUUUCAACACAGCAGCAGCAACAGUUUCAGCAGACCCAUCAAGGUACCCCAGUGGCGGGCACAGCCAAUACCGUGGAGAUUGAAGCUUUCAAGAGGCAGCAGGCUUUGGCUCAAGCAGAUCAGAAUAAAAGGCCACGGAUAGAAGGUGGUCGGCAUGGAAUGGUUUUCCAACACACAACUGUGACCACUUUAGGAUCUACAACUAUUGUCCCCUUACAGCAGCUCAUGCCUACAGUGCAGGGUGGAAUGCCCCCCACUCCUCAGGCCAUACAGCUGACGGGCCAGAAGCAGAGCCAACAGCAGCAGUACGAUCUUUCCAAAGGGCCGCCGGUGCAGAACGCAGCCAGCCUGCACACACAUCCUCCCCAGCUGCCCGCUCGGCCCACAUCCAUACCGCUGACCCCAAUCCCAGCUGCCAUCCAGUUGGCGCAACAGCACAUGGUGGAGACCCAGCUGCAGCUCCAGCCCCACGCCCAGCUCCAGCCUCAGCCCGUGCUCCAGGCCCAGGCCCAGGCACAGAACCUCCUGCAGGCCAAGAGCCAGACGCAGCCCAUCUCUCUUGUCCAGACUCAGACCCAACUCCAGACGCAGCUGCAGCAACAGGUCCAAGCUCCCCUUCACCUCCCGAUGCAGAUUCAACCAGCACCACUUCACCUGGUACCAGAACACCUUCCACAACAGACGGUGACAUUGAUGCGAUCAGUGAGUGAGACUGGCCAGGUGUGCCAACGACUGAUUGCCAACUCGCUGCUCGCCCCAUCUGUGCCACAAAUGACCCUUACGAGCACCGUGCCCUCUGCCCCCGUGCCCCAGACAUUGACUACUCGACCAGCGUCGCCCGUUCUGCCAGCCAAGCCACAGGGGUUGGUCAGCCUCUCUGUCAUAACACCGCCUAAAGCCCAGGUGGUGUUACCGAACCCAGCGGCUGCUGCUCAGGAAAACACCACCAACGCACAAGACAAAGUCGUGGAACAAGUCAAGCAGGAAAACCAGAUACAUCAACGGAUUUCAGAACUUAGGAAAGAGGGAUUGUGGUCGAUGAGAAGACUGCCGCGACUUCAGGAGGCACAACGGCCAAAGUCUCACUGGGAUUAUCUGCUGGAGGAGAUACAGUGGAUGGCGGCAGACUUUGCUCAAGAAAGGAGGUGGAAGAUGGGUAUUGCUAAAAAGCUUGCACGCACUGUUGUACGCCAUCACGAGGAACAGAAGCUGAAAGAAGAGCGUGCAAGGAAAGAAGAACAUGCCAAACUACGAAGGAAAGCGGCUUUGGUUGCCAGGGAAGUGUUGCACUUCUGGCAGAAUAUUGAAAAGGUUGUGGAAGUCAAAUUGCAGCUUUACAUGGAGGGACAAAGAAAGAAAGCAUUACUUUUACGAAAGGGGUCAUCCAACAAAGAUCAAGUUUCUGACUCCUCAUGGCCCCUGUCAGAAAAGCAGAGUGAUACAGAUCCAUUGGGUAGUGAAAGCAGAAGGAGAUCUAGGGACGCUGGUGACACAGUGGAAGACUGUGAGGAAACCAUUGAAGAACAGGAGGCCACUGAAGGCACAGUUGACCAUCAAACUGAACUGGCAGACUUAGCCAGGCAAGCUGAAAUGCCUCUGGAAGACCUGAUGCGACAGUAUGCUGGUGCUUAUUCAGAGAACUUUGAUUGGCCAAUUCCAGAUUCAUCUAACAGUGAAGAUGAUGAUUGUGAGGAAGAUGAAGGAGGUAAGUUGUGGAACAUUUGUAAUGAUCUGUUGUGUGUAUUUUUAUGUGAAGGUAUCUGGGGCCCACAUUUGGUGGUGAUGAGAACUUGUAAGAUGCUUAACUGGGAAAUGGAAUUCAAACGCUGGUGCCCAGGACUGAAGAUCAUGAUGUACUUUGGCACAAGGAAGCAACGCAGAAUCAAAAGGGAGUGUUGGGCGGAGAGCAACGCCUUCCAUGUGUGCAUCACCUCGUACAAGCUGCUGCUGAAGGACAUGGCUGCGUUCAGGAGGAAGAGAUGGAAGUACCUGAUACUGGACGAGGUGCAGCAGCUGCGCAACACCACCGAGCGGCACUGGGAGGCGCUGUUCAAUCUCAAGAGUCAGCAGCGCUUGCUUUUGAUCGGAACUCCGUUACAAAAUACUCCUAUGGAGCUGUGGACAAUGAUGCACUUCCUGAUGCCCGGAAUCUCCAGAUCGUACCUGGAUUUCCCAGUGAAAGUCGGCACAGAUGAAAAUCAAGACUACUGCCACAAAUUAGUGAUACGGAUGCAUAGGAUGAUUCAGCCAUUCAUCCUGCGGCGAUCAAAGAGAGAUGUGGAGAAGCAGCUGCCGAAGAAAUACGAGCACAUUCUGAAAUGCUGCUUGUCAAAGAGGCAGAAAAUCAUGUACGAGGAUGUCAUGUUCCACUCUGGCACGACGGAAGCUCUGCGGUCCCGCCAUUUUGUGAGCGUCCUCAACCUGCUGAUACACCUGCGUCGGAUAUGCAACCACCCCGACCUGAAGUGUCCCCGUGCUGUCCGCUCCGCUUACGUCUUCAAAGCACUGCACUACUCCGUUGCUUCACUGCUGUUGAAGACACUUGAAUACGAUCCGUGGAAAAAUGCAGACUUGUCUGCUUUCAAUCUAGCUGGAAUUGAAAAUAAAUUGUCUCGACACGAGACUGAGCGGGUCGUGCCCAAGCGGAAGGUGACCAGGAAACUCAUUGAGGAGAUCUACAACUCGCCGGAUCCUCCGCCCAGACUCAAGCCCGUGAAAGUGAAAGUCAGCAAGUUGUUUCAGCCGGUGCAGUACGGACAGAAGCCAGAUGACCGGACGGUGAUGGUGGUGGGGACUCAGCCUCCACGAGCGGCCGGCUUGGUCUCAGCAGCCACUGUCCAGCAGGGACAGGUGCGAGGGAAAUCCUCAGCCGUGGCCGUUCCUGCUUCUCAGGUUAUGACCUCUGCACAGGCACAAACCAAGCACUUGUCGUUUGCAGCAGCCUCCACGUUACAGAUGGCCCCGACUUCUGCCAGUGCACCAGGACAGCAGCAGGCGGUCAGCACGGCCACUCCAGCCCUGGUCAGCUCUGCCCAGCAGGGACAGGCCGCUCCCCAGGCCUUGCACUCUGGCCAGGCACAGCAACAGGUCACCUCCGUUCAUACCGCCCCGACAACCAAUGUACUGCAUCAGAGGCUGGUGCUCUCCUCCCAGGCCCAGGCACGAUUGCCUAGCGGAGAGGUGGUCAGCAUUGCCCAGCUUGCCUCCAUCGCGGGUGGGCAAGGUCGUGGCACCCAGACCAGUCAGCCCGUCACCUUGCACUUCCAAGGCAACAAGUUCACCUUGUCCAGCAGUCAGCUGCGUCAGCUCACCGCGGGCCAGCAUCUUCAGUUACAAGGUAAUGUUCUCCAGAUCGUGUCGGCACCGGGGCAACAGAUAAUGCGUCACCAGAAUCAGUCUCUGAUGCAGGCACCAUCGCAAGGCAGCGGCGUGCACAACACGUUGGGAAACCAGCAGGGAGUAGCAUCCACGUCCCUCCCCACCCCUACUUCAACGCAAGCAUCUUUUCUCACGACCAGGACGGUUGGUAGCUCGAUAUCUGGUGAACACGGAGCGAUCCUCAGGCCAAUUUCCUCGCUGGGUUCUGCCGCACAGGAUUCUUUAGAAGAAAAGAAAAGGCUGACGAAGGAUCGUUUGGACAGAAUAUUUUCCAUAAAUGAGCGUCGUUGCUCCGUGGUGCCGGUGUACGGCACAGAGCUGCUGGGAGUGUGUUUUUUGAUUGGUGAAUAUAAACUAAGCAAGCCCAAACCGGCCGUAAACUCCUGGCUUUCCUCCGGCUACGUGAAUUGCUGCAAUUUCCAUCAGUCAGCCGGUGGCUUCCUUGAUGCUGAGACAUCGUGGAAAUACACUCGCGCGCUGUCACGGGCAAUCGUGUCGCGGGACCAGAGGCAAGACAGUAUGCAGGACCUUAUCAAAAGGUUCCACUGUGUUGUUCCACCUGUCGUGGCUCCUCCACCAACUCUGUACACCUUUAACCCGCCACCUGCGCACACACACCGCACCCGGCUGUUCAAGUCCAAUCUGAAGAGGGAGCUGGCUCCGUACUUCCAGCAGCUACAACGCAUCACAUCUACAGCAAUGCUGCAGUUAACUGACCCCAGGCUUGUACAGUUUGACUCAGGGAAAUUGGAAGCACUGGCUGUUCUGCUUCAUAAAUUAAAAUCGGAAAGGCGGCGAGUAUUGAUCUUCACACAGAUGGUUCAAAUGCUGGACAUCUUGGAGAGUUUCCUCGACCACCACAGACUUCCUUUUGUGAGAGUCGAUGGAAAUGUUCACCUUGCCCAACGACAGGCAUCGAUGAAGCUUUUCAACAACGACAAGCGCAUCUUCUGCGCCAUCCUGUCCACCCGGGGCGGAGCUGCGGGGGUUAAUCUGAUCGACGCCGACACUGUCAUUGUGUACGACAGUGACCUCAACCCCACGCUGGACUCGCAAGUUCAAGAAUGGUGCGACAGAAUCGGGAAAUGCAAAGAUAUCCACAUAUACAGACUGGUUAUCGGCAACUCCAUCGAGGAGAAGCUUCUCAAGAACGGAACUAAGAAUUUAAUUCGAGAUGUAGCUUCACACGGGAGCAACUAUUGCACGGCAUACUUGCAACAGCAGACCGUGCGGGACCUGUUUGAGAUCCCUGCCUUCCUGGGGGAGUCUGCCCUGAAGGCCAAGACAGAGGAGUUUGUCGUGCUGUCCCAGGUGCCGUCCUUGGCAAAUCAGAUCUCGCCCAAGGAGACGAAACCGUUCCUGGAGGCGCUCAAUAGCAUUGAGCAAGAAAGCGGUGAUGUCAGUAAAUCAGACUUGACGUCAAGGGCAGAGCUGAUGGACGGCAUUGACAGAGUGACAGAGAGGCGGAGGAUGGCGAGCUCCGAAGGGCCCAGGUACCUGGAUGGGUUGGCAGCACUCAUCGAGCAGCUUACCCCAGUUGAAAGGUAUGCAAUGAAUUAUUUGGAGCUGACUCAAUCGUUUAUAUCACCAGUGGAGCAGAAACUACCUAAAGAUGGGGUGAAAGCUGCACAGCGAGUGUGGGAGUUUGGACAGUUACACACUCUGAAAGAGGAGAGGAAGAGGCAACUCGAAGAUGAGGAGAACGAUGUGUUGUUUACCUACAGCCGUGAAGAUGCAUACAAUAAGGAAUAUGUGAAAGAAGGUCAGGACGGCCAGACAGAAAUAAUGCCCAUUUGGACCCCACCAACACCACCCCAGGAUGACAAUGACAUCUACAUGGACCCGGUCAUGUGCCUGAUGUAUGACACCACGCCAAUUCAGGAGUCCAAGCUGCCUCCAGUGUACGUCCGCAAAGAACACAAGAGGCUGAAGAUGGACCCGUCAGCUGCCGGGAAGAAGUUUAAGAAAGCUCGGCACGGGGAGCCGGUCACUCCACCCCGGUCACUGUUUGACCGCUCAACCACCUGCAUGCUCAAGAUGCGCCGCGAGGCCAAAGACCAGAAGAAGAACAUGUUCAUCAAGCAGCAGGCUCCCUUUGCCAAACCCUUGCCCACGCUGGCCAAGAGCCCGGCUGACGGAGCGACCGACAGCCCCGAGUGGCUCAUCAGCGAGGAUUGGGCUCUACUGCAGGCUGUGAAGCAGUUGCUGGAGUUGCCAUUAAACCUGGCCAUCAUCUCGCCGGCACAUACGCCCAACUGGGACCUUGUCAGCGAUGUUGUUAAUUCCUGCAGCCGCAUUUACCGCUCACCCAAACAGUGUCGCAACAGAUACGAGAACGUCAUCAUACCACGGGAAGAAGGAAAGUUAAUAUAUGAUGCCAACCCAAAGAAAAAAACAAAGAGCAUUUACAAGAACAAGAAUAGUCGCCCACUGCGAACCAGCCAGAUCUAUGCACAGGAUGAGAGUGUGAUGCACACCCAACUCUUCACCAGCCACUUUGAGCUUGUCAAGCUAAUCGCUGGAAAACGCAGCCCACCGAUCAAACCCAUGCUUGGAAUGAAUCCCUUCCAGAAAAAUCCAAAACAUGCAUCCGUGUUAGCUGAAAGUGGCAUCAACUAUGACAAGCCUCUGCCUCCAAUCCAGGUUGCCUCACUUCGAGCUGAACGUAUAGCAAAAGAGAAGAAGGCGUUAGCGGAGCAGCAGAGGGCGCAACACCUAGCACAGCAGCAACAGCAGGCUCAGCAAACUACCCAGGCAGCUGUUCAGCAGCAACAGAGCUCACAGGCUCAGGCUGCAGUGGUUCAGCAGUCGCAAGCUGUAGUGCAGACUGCUGCACCCACGGUCGCCAACACUGCAACGCUGCAGGCUGGAGCUAUCAAAACAGCCCCCGGUACACCCAAUAUCCAGACGGCCACAGUCGGAGGCAGUACCAUUGCGAACACAGCAGCAGGGGGCCAGCAGAGUACCUUCCAGCCCAUUAACAAACGGCUCACCCAGCAGGUUAUCCCUGGGACCCUAACCUCGGCAGGUGGCGGCCCAGCCCAGGUCGUGCAUGCACAGCAAAGGACGACAGCUGCAUCCGCUGCUACCACAGAGGUGGUGGCCAUCGGCAACAACCAGGGGGUUCGUGCCGCAAUGGCCCCGGUAACAGCCGCGGCAGUGGUGUCUACCAACCUGACGCCGGUGCAGAGCCAGACCAGGUCGCUGGUCACACAGGUCACCCCAGCUGCAGGCAUUGGGACCACUGGGAAACCCAUUCCUCAAGCACAGAUCCAGCUCUUCAGACAACCGCAGACUGCUCCCGUGCAGGUGCAACAGAUCCAGCCCCAGUCUCAGGCCACGGCUCAGCUGAAGGGGGUGCAGAAGCUGCCGGAUCAUUUACUAAAACUGAAGCAGAAGCAGCAACAGCAGCAGCAGUUAGCACAGGUGACACAAAGGAGUGGUGUCCUGACUGGUCCUGUAACCAAUCUCCCUGUAGCUCGCAUUGCCAGAGUGUCCACGUCACAGGUUCAAGCUCAAGGCCAGAUUCAGGCACAGCCUGCAGCCACCGCUCAAGUCACGCUGACUAAGCCGCCUGUCGUGUCCGUGCCCACGGCAGUCGUCUCCUCCGGUGUGACCACGCUCCCUGUCACCGUGGCGGGAAUCAGCAUGGCCAUCGGACAGCCGCAGAAAGGAUCCACAGGAGGGCAGACGGUGGUGAAGGCUGCCAUGCCGUCACACUUAUCACAAAUGCAAGUGCAGCAGUUUCUGAAGCUCAAGCAGCAGCAGCAGCAGCAGAAGGCCAGCCAGUCGCAGGGACAGGCAUCCGUGCAGGCUGCUGCAAUCACUGCGCAGCAGAAGAUAACACAGCAAGUUACUGUGCAGUCACAGCAGCAGCAGCAACCGGUGCAGCAGCAGCAGCAGCAGCAACAACAGCAGAAGGUGACAUACAAUACCAACCAGCUACAGUCAGGGAUAAAGCCGCAGUUCCUGAGUGCUCAGAGCCAGAAGCAGGGAGGACCACAGCAGAUGCAGGCACAGCUCCAGGUUACCAAACUUCCACAAAUGGUUCAGCAGCAAGCGACAGUGGGAAGUCUCCAGCAGAUGGUAUCCACUGCUCACCAGGCACAGACGCAGACGCUGACUCUGUCACAGGCGACGGCGGGCCAGUCGGUGCAGGUGAUCCCCGCGGCAGCAGCAGCAGCAGCAGCACAGGUCGUGCAGCAGCAGCAGCAGGUGGGGGUGGCCUCACCACAGCUACAGUCCCCCACGCCGCAGAGCCCCGUCCAGACCACCGCUGCCUCGGACGGCCAGCAGGCCAAGGUACAAGUGCGGACCACUCCCGCCGUCAGGCUCAAAGCCCCCAUGAAAAGCAACUGAGCCAGCGCCUACCUACCUGCCUACCUACUUACCUGCCUACCUGGUGCAACAACGGACAACAUGCUGACUGCAUUGAGCUGGACUGCCCUUGAACAAACCACCACUGUUCACUCCAUUGUGUCAUAGUUAGUGUAUAGACAAAUCCAGCAUCUUCAAUGUUCUGUGAGUCAUUUUAUUAUAGAAUCUUGAUGUUAAUGUAACAUGCACAGCCCAAAUUCUGUAAAUCUUUUUUAAAAAUACGAUAAUUCUAAGGUUUAACCUUAGCUGUCUUGUACAUAUGAUUUCCUCUGGGCACAUUUUAAUGUGCUCCUGUAUUUGUUAAAUUCAGAAGGUGGAUGUUUUGGCAUGUGUUCAGUAUUUGUUAAUCCAUGAUUUGGUUGGAUGAAUGUUAUGAACUUAACGGUAGUAUAUAUUUUUCUCACGGAUCUCGCGGACAUUGGACAGGAGCCUGCAGGAAUUGAACUUUGGAGUUAGUGUUCAACAUUCCUUAUCUAGUAAAAGACGUCGGUCUAUUAACAAACUUUUGAUACAAUGUUUUGUAUAUUCGUUACAUUUUUUCAUGACGCUUUCAUGUUUCAGUAUUUGUUUUACGGUGAUGAUGUUUAUUUUUAAUUCUCUAUGUAUGUGCACAUUAAAGAUGCAAUCUCUCCUGCAAAGUUACCCCCUCUAGUCCUUAGUGUACAUGUUGUACAGUAUUUGUUAUGGUUUUGCAUAGCACUGUGUUAUAACAUCCCCAAACCCCCUGUCCUUGGAAAUGAUGGUCUAUCCAUUUGUGAUCACCUAAAAGAGAUUAAGAAUAAAAUUGUACAUAAACGUUUUCUUGAUCACCCA